AUGGAGAGAAAUGGUGGUGCUGCUGCAACGGCCACGCCCUCAUGGGAGGAGCUCCUCGGAUCCAACAAUUGGUCCGACCUCCUGUCCCCGCUCGACGAAACCCUCCGCGAUCACCUCCUCCGGUGUGGCAGCUUCUGCCAGAUCGCCGGAGACUCCUUCAUUUCCGAUAGUCAGUCCAAUAACGUCGGCAAAUGCCGCUACUCUCCUGCCAGCAUCCUCCGCCAAGUUUUCUUCAAGGAAACCGCGGAUUACGUAGUCGACGUACUGUCCAACGUCGACGGCUACCUCUACACCACCAUAGUCCUCCCAUUUGGUUUGGCGUACGAGACCAACUGGAUGGGCUACGUCGCCGUCUCCAGCGACGACCUCUACGAAAGAACUGGCCGCCGUGAGAUCUACGUCGCGUGGUGCGGCACAAGCCUAGCCCGGCCGCUGGAAUGGUUGGCGGACUUGGAUAUUGUUCUCGUGCCAUUCGGCGACGGUGGCGAUGUCAAGAUCAUGAAAGGCUGGAGAGACAUCUACACCACGGAAAAUAUAAUCGAACAGAUUCCCAGCGCACAGGAGAAGUUAAAAGCUGUGAUAAAAGAGUACGUGGAUUUGUACAAAGAUCAGAAUCCGUCCAUCAUCUGCGUCGGCCACAGCCUCGGCGGCUCCCUCACCGUAGUCAGUGCUUUUGAUAUAGCGAACAGCGGACUGUCCGAGAUCAACGGCAAUGAUCAUAUUCGGGUAUGCGCUGUGGCGUUCGAUGCCCCCAGAGUCGGGAACCAGGCGUUCAAUGACGCCUUGGAGAAACUACCGAAGACAAAAGUUUUAAGAAUCAACAAUAAUAAGGACAUUGUCGCCUAUUGGCCGCCGUGUGAUGGCUACGUCGACACCGCUCAGUGGCACGCGCUGCAAGUGAUUCUACACACCGUGACCGGAUGGAGGACAGAAUUCGACAACGACUCCGAGCUUGUGAAGGCGAGACUGCCGCUGGUGAACAGGUCAGCGGGCCAUUUGAAGGCUGAGCAUAAAGUGAUCGAGGCUUGGACUGCAGCGCUCGUCGCGACGCCGUCUCCCGCCGCCUGCAACUGCGCCUACGGACUACGACCUACCGCCUACGAGAAAGAGGACUCAAGAUAUGCUGCCAUCACUGUGCUUCCCUUCCUCGCUGCCGGAAAACGCUCGUCCGCAAUUCUGCAUCCUCGUCUCUUCAAAUGCUCGCUUCCCUCUGAUUUCUGA